AUGGAAAGCAUUCCAAUUUCGGCUCUGCUCUGCUUCUGCGUUGUUUUCGACUCCUCCUCCUCCUCGGUGGGAACUCCGGUUGGUCCGGUUGCAGAGCUGCAGCUGCCCGUCGAAGUCGUUGGCGGCGCAGAGAAGGUUAAGCGCACCUUCGAGGAGUUGGCCGGCGACAUGGAUGUCAGUGAAAGGCUCAUAGAGUAUUGCUACGAUUGCUUCAAAGAGAUGCUGGACUCCGAAACGGUGGACAACUACCCCACCGAAUGUGCGACGCUCCCCAAAGAGCAAGCUUGCACGCUGGCACAGAUCCUGGUCACCACCCUUGACAAGAAGCGUUUCGACAGGUACUGGGACACGGUAGACGUGCAAAACAAGGGCGCAGUCACCUUCGACGACUUCCUGGAGCUGCUGGAUUUCGAGGACAUGCCCGAGGAUGUCCUUGCGAAGUACAACGACAAUGAGGAUUGA